AGCCUGACAUGGUGGUGAGAAGGCAGGAAGCUCUGGCAGCAGCUCGCCUCAGGAUGCAGGAGGAGUUGAAUGCACAAGCAGAAAAAUACAAAGAAAGACAAAGACAGCUUGAAGAAGAGAAGCGAAGGCAGAAGAUAGCGAUGUGGGAAAGCAUGCAAGAAGGAAAAAGCUAUAAAGGAAACAUGAAACUGAAUCAGCAAGAAGCAGAAUCUGGUGCCUCCACCUCAUCAGCAGUCCCACGAUCUAAACCAACCAAAAGGCCCUUGCGAGAAGGUGGCUAUAACCCCCUGUCUGGAGAAGGAGGUGGAACUUGUUCCUGGAGACCAGGCCGGCGAGGCCCGUCAGCAGGUGGAUGA